UCCGGGUCAUUUUCGUUUAGUUGGUGUUUUAAUUUGUUUACACUUUACAUUGUGUAAUUUAUCUAGUCUAGAGCCAGAUUCUACAUUUUACAAUAUUAACAAUUUCAGCUUAAGAUGGAGACAACAACCGAUGGAAAAAUCAAAAUGCCCAGGGUGGCAAAGGUCAAGAAUAAAAUGGCAGCCCCUGUUCAGAUCACAGCUGAACAACUGCUCCGUGAAGCUAAAGAAAGAGAGUUGGAGCUUGUGCCACCGCCACCCAAGCAAAAGAUUUCAGAUCCUGAAGAACUAGCAGACUAUCGUAUGAGAAAAAGAAAGAUGUUUGAAGACAAUAUUCGAAAAAAUCGAUCAGUUAUGACGAACUGGAUCAAAUAUGCACAAUGGGAAGAGAGCCAGAAAGAGAUACAAAGAGCGAGAUCCAUUUGGGAAAGAGCAUUAGAUGUAGACCACAGGAACAUCACCCUGUGGUUGAAAUAUGCUGAAAUGGAAAUGAGGUGCAGGCAAGUUAAUCAUGCAAGAAACAUUUGGAACAGAGCAGUUAUGGUUCUUCCUCGUGCCAAUCAGUUCUGGUACAAGUUUACUUACAUGGAAGAGAUGCUAGGAAAUAUAGCAGGUGCUAGACAGGUAUUUGAGCGAUGGGUUGAGUGGGAACCAGAGGAACAAGCCUGGCACUCAUACAUCAAUUUUGAGCUCCGCUACAAAGAACUUGAUCGGGCCAGGACCAUUUACGAAAAAUUUGUUCUGGUCCACCCAGAAGUCAAAAACUGGAUAAAAUAUGCAAAGUUUGAGGAAAAGAAUGGAUACAUUAACAGUGCUCGGUCCAUCUAUGAAAGAUCAGUGGAGUUUUUUGGAGAAGACAAUAUCAGUGAACAACUUUUAGUUGCAUUUGCCAAGUUUGAGGAGGCCCAACGAGAGCAUGACAGAGCCAGAGUGAUCUACAAGUAUGCCCUUGAUCAUUUGCCCAAAGAGCAUUGUGAAGAAGUUUAUAAACAUUACACUGUCCAUGAGAAAAAGUUUGGCAGUCGUGCAGCCAUUGAAGAUGUGAUUGUCAGUAAAAGAAGAUUCAAAUAUGAGGAAGAAGUCAAAAUAAAUCCAAUGAACUAUGAUGCCUGGUUUGAUUAUCUUCGUCUGCUGGAGUCUGAUGGGAACAUGGAACAAAUCAGAGAUACUUAUGAAAGAGCCAUCGCUAACAUUCCUCCAUCUCAGGUGAAAAGACAUUGGAGAAGGUAUAUUUAUCUCUGGAUAAACUAUGCCUUGUAUGAAGAACUGGAGGCUGAAGACCCAGAGAGGACGAGGGAAGUCUUCAAAGCAUGUUUAGACAUUAUACCUCAUAAAAAAUUUACCUUUGCCAAAAUUUGGCUCAUGAUGGCUCAAUUUGAAAUCAGACAAAGAAAUCUGAAUGGAGCCAGAAAAGUUUUGGGAACAGCCAUAGGAAAGUGUCCUAAAAAUAAACUCUUCCGAGGUUAUAUUGAACUAGAACUGAGUUUGAGAGAGUUUGACAGAUGUCGUUUGUUGUAUCAGAAAUUCUUAGAGUUCAGUCCAGAGAACUGUACUACCUGGAUGAAGUAUGCUGAACUGGAAACCAUUCUUGGGGACAUUGAAAGGGCGAGGGCCAUUUUAGAACUUGCAAUCAAUCAGCCUCGUCUAGAUAUGCCUGAAGUUUUAUGGAAGUCUUACAUUGAUUUUGAAACUGAUCAAGAAGAGUAUGACAAUGCACGCAAACUUUACAAGAGAUUGUUAGAGAGGACACAGCAUGUGAAAGUGUGGAUAAGUAGGGCUAAAUUUGAGUUGUCUGUCCCUGAAGAUAAUGCUUUAGACAAUGCUAGAGCAGUGUACAGAGCUGGUAACAAGGCGCUGCAGAAUACACCAGAUAAAGAAGAGAGAUUACUCUUGCUGGAAGCCUGGCUUGCACUGGAGGAGGAAGCAGGAACUGACCAAUCCAAAUCUGAGGUAGAAAAGUUGAUGCCUCAAAAGAUCAAAAAGAGGAGAAAGAUUCAAACAGAAGAUGGGCUGGAUGCUGGCUGGGAGGAGUACUUUGACUACAUAUUUCCAGAUGAGGAAUCUGCUAAGCCAAACCUCAAGCUUUUGUCACUGGCCAAGAAAUGGAAAGAAGAGAAAGAGAAGACUGAAAGUACAGAGAUCAGUGCUAGUUAAAAAGUGAACAGUUGAAAUCACUUUUUUUUUCUUUUUUUUUUUUAGUUUUGACUGCCUCAUUUUCAGGAAAAUGUAAAUUGGAGCACAGAAUAGACAAGUUUUUUAAAAACAUUGACUUGUUUAAUUUAAAAUUCGUAUCAUUAAAAUUACGUCUGCAUUUUUGUUGUUGUCUUGGUUCAAACAUUAUUUGCAAUAGUUGUCAAAGAAAAUCUUAAAACUAUAACAACAAUUCAGUUCAAUUAUUCUCUAAACAUAACUUUAACAUUUUUUGUAUCCAACAUGUAUAUUCUUUGCUAUAAAAUAUUUUUGCUGUGCUCUAAUCUCUUUCUGAGACUGAGGCAUGCUUAAUGCUGAUUUAAUGAAACAUUUGAAUCAAUGUUUACUUUGAUGAGAGUAUGUUGACUGACUUAGAGAGUAUGUCAGAGUGCAGUAGAAUAAACAUGUGAUUGGUUGACCUUUGUAUUGUAUAUAUAGGUAUGUGGCGAUGGGAGAGAACUUUUGUUGCACUUCGCUGUAAAUAAUGUUAACAUUUUCAUGUAAAUACAUAACAUUCUUUGUGUGACUGGAUGUCAUUGUUUCUUGUCAUGCGAGUACAUGGUUAAUCAUAUUCACUCAUUGAGCUGAUGAUAUAAGACCUGAUCCCAUCCAUUGUAACACAUGUGAAACAAAAUGACCAACUUGUAUUGAUUUUUGUUUUCCAUGCAAUAAACAUUUUUUGUUCACAACCUC